CUGGGACAUCCCAUUGCUCCUUAGCACUCCACGUUAUCGCGCCUGUCUCCACUUUGGAUGGCUUGAUGCUAGGUCCGUUCGUGACCCAUCUGAGUGACGAUGCUGGACCCCAACAUCAGAUCUGCUGCCUCUCUCCGUCCUUUCCCCCGGACCUCAACUCUUCAACCCUGUCCACCAUUUCGAACAUUUCUUGAAGCACUGCAGUGAUACAAAGUAGGUAUAUUUACACAACACAGCGACAAUUAUUGAGUGUUUAGCGAUUUCGCAAACAUGGACGAAAAAACUCUCUUACCAACGACAACACCAACCAUCACCAUAUCACCACCUACUCCGUCCAACCCCAACAGCAGCAACCAGAAUGGCCGCGAUAAACACGCCCUCCGUCGCUUCCUCGUCGCCGUCUGCCUAAUGGUAAUGGUGUGGACCCUGUGCGGGCUCGACAUGGACCUCGACGACAACGACAUCCUAUCGGAAUGGUCGCUCGAGCAAAUGCCAAUAACGACCAUCGACACCUUUACCGUACCAAUCACCGAUAUCGACGUUGGCGGUGACGCUGACCACGAACCGGUCCCCCUUGAGGCGCAUAUCAUGAGCAAAUGCCCCGACGCGCGAGACUGUUUCCGGGAGUUGGUACUGCCUGCUAUGCAGAGGGUGCAUACCAAGGUCAACUUUACCUUGUCGUUCAUCGGAACACCGACCAACGGCGAUGAUGGAGUUGCUUGCAAGCACGGCCCAGAAGAGUGCCUUGGAAACAUCAUUGAGCUUUGCGCCCAAAAGCUGUAUCCCGACCCCAAGAUCUUCCUUGGCUUCACCAUGUGUUUGGCCAAGAACUACCAUGAGAUUCCUCAGCGGAGCUUGAUCGAAGACUGUGCGCUCGAGCACGCCAUCGACUUUGACCAGCUCAACCAAUGUGCUACCAAGGAUGACGGUGCCUUGGGUAUCGGUUUGCUGAGGGACAGCGUCAAGAGAAGCGCCGAUGCCGGCGUAACAAAGAGCUGCACCGUCCGCCUUGACAACGAGAUCUUUUGCAUCCGCGACGGCGGCAAGUGGUCUGACUGCCCUCACGGCUCCAGCGUUAACGACUUAGUCCUGGCGGUAGAGAAGCUGUACGGACGUGAGGUCUAGAGCACCUACCUUCUAUAGUCACCGUGAUUCACUUCUUUAGUUUCCCCCCCUCCUCUUUUUGCUGCUACUGCUGCUACUGCUGCUGCUGCUGCUGCUGCUGCUGCU